AUGGCUGCGAGAAAUGACACCGCAGUGACAGAGUUCAUUUUGCUGGGACUCACCGACCAUCCUCAGACGAAGCGCCUGCUUUUUGCUCUCUGCCUAGCAGCCUACAUGCUCACCCUCUGUGGGAACCUGACCAUUUUGGUGCUGAUCCAGGAGGACUCCCGCCUCCACACCCCUAUGUACUUCUUUGUGUCCCACCUGUCUCUCAUCGACAUCUGCUACACCACCAGCAGCCUGCCCCAGAUGCUGACCAACCUGCUUUCGGAUCAUGGCACCAUCUCCUUUGCGGGUUGCGUGGGACAGCUUUACGUUAAUGUCUCCAUGGGCGUGGCAGAGUGCUUCCUGCUAGCGGUGAUGGCCUAUGACCGCUAUGUGGCGGUGUGUCACCCUCUGCACUACGCAGCAACCAUGGAGCCAGGUCUCUGCUCUCGCCUGGCGGGCACAUGUUGGGUCAGUGGUUUCCUGAACGCCGUGGUACUGACAACGGUCACCUUCUUCUUGCCCUACUGUGGGCCUAACCAGAUAAACCAUUUCUUCUGCGAGGCUCCAGCUGUGCUCCAGCUCGCCUGUGCCGACACAGAAUCCACCGAGGCCGUCAUCUACGCAGCUGGAGUGAUCAUCCUCAUGAUCCCUUUUGCCCUCAUCCUAGCUUCCUACCUCCGCAUCCUGGCCUCUGUGCUCCACACAAGGUCGGCCACCAGCCGCCGCAGAGCGUUCUCUACCUGUGGCUCACACCUGGCCGUGGUCUCCCUCUAUUACGGCACUAUCAGCUUCAUGUACAUGCGGCCCCGCUCCAGCCACUCGCCGGAACAUGACAAGAAGGUCUCGGUGCUUUAUGCUGUGGUCACACCAAUGCUCAACCCGAUGAUAUACAGUCUGAGGAACAAAGAAGUCAAAGGGGCCAUGCUUAAAGUCUUGGGGAAAACAUCAACAGAGGGGGGUCGCAUCUGGGUCCUCCGCAAAGGCUUUCGAACAGAUGCAGGUCAGGAUGGAAAGCUAAACCAUAUAUAUAAAAAAUUACAACUAAACAGAGCAGCAUGA